GCUGACUUCAUCACAAAUUGAGGAAUGUACAGCUGUGAAGCUGACAUUGAUUGUCUUGACCCCGGGAGUCCAGACAAUGGAUACCAAGUCGGCGUGUCCUCAUUCGUCCACGGAUCUACUGUGGAGUUUAAAUGUGACUUGGGGUACGAACUUAUUGGUGUUUCUCAGCUCACCUGCUCGAACAGAAAGUGGGAUACUGAACUUCCACAGUGUCAAGGACAGCAGAAAGAUGGCAUUAUGGCAUUUGCAAACAGUGGAGGUUUUGUUCCUGAUUAUUAUUGGGAUUUAAGUGGUAAAUGUAGCAUCAACGACAACGACCCAACAUUGUGUAGUUUUAGCUGUGCUGACGGUAAAGUGUACUCUGUUGUUGGUGAUCUCAACGGCGAGCUAUUCACAUCGCAGGCGGCUCUGACAGAAGCGCCAACCAACUCACCUCAUCGAUGUGCUUACCAGUCUAAUGGUGAUUCAGUUGUCAACUUUGGUAACUUUGAAGGCGAGUGUCUGAGUCGCAUUGCUGACUGCCCUGGGACGACAAAGGGAAUAAGUAUAUCUGUUUGGUUGAAAAUUAACCAAGCUUUGAACACAGGAGAGCGUUAUUAUUUCUCAUCUGGCGCCCAUUCAAGGAGUGGUCGUGGUGUGGCGCUUUUCUCUGAUUCCAAUUCCGAUAUUGAUUUACGUUUUCAAGUCAACGAGGAUGCGAUCAACUUUCCAUGGUUCGUCGACAUACCAUUUCCUGACAAUGUAUGGUUUCAUGCCGUGUUUACAUUUGUUCAAUACACUCGUCUUGUAGCAUAUAUUGAUGGCGUAGAAGUUGCCAGAUCAGAGACUCCCGAUACGUCUACAUUUCUUCUAUCGUGGCAGUAUAAAUGUAAGUCGCAUUAUAUCAGUCUACAUUGUGUAAAUGUUUUAACGCUCUAA